AUGCAAUCCAUUCUGCAAUUCAAGAGAUUUAGGACCACGGUGCAAGCACAACUCGAGCGAGAUCGUGAGAAAGCGGAGACUGGGAGACUGCAUGGAGGACACAAUGAUGGCCCAGAGGCAUUGACCUCACCACCACCACAACAACGACUGCCUGCUUCCUCGCUCGAGAGCAAGCAAGAUGAUCUCGACAGUGACGUUGAAAGAGGCGAUCGCGCGACCAAUCGAGACGAUGGAGAGCCGAGGACGACGACGAAGGAAGAGUAUGAAGAGCCGCCGGAAGUUCCAGGUACCGAGGAUGAUGAGGAGGACGACGACGACGUGGAUUUUGAGCUUCGAGCAAAUCGCACUUUAUCACGAGUCAGCACGCAGCGGAGUGCUGGACAUGCUCUGAGUACAGUCUUGACGGGAGUGGAAGUGCGGAGAAGAACGACGAGAGAGGGAGGCGAUGGGAAUGUGUUUGUGGUGGGAUAUGAAGGACCCAAUGAUCCCAAUGAUCCGCAUAAUUGGCCCAUGUGGAAGCGCGUACGAUGCACGAUGCUGGUUGCAUCGAUCGGAUGUGUGGUGGGAAUUGCUAGUUCGAUUGAUAGCUCGGCUCUGUCGCCAGCUGCAGAAGAGUUUCACGUUGCGGAGGUGGUGGAGAGUAUGGCUACGGGACUGUUCCUGGUCGGAUUUGGGCUGGGAGCGCUCUUUGCAGGGCCGAUCAGCGAGACAGUUGGUCGUAACCCGGUAUACAUCACCACACUGGCCAUCUAUAUGAUCUGGAUCAUGGCGUCUGCCCUCUCUCCAAACAUUGGUGCUCAGCUCGCAUUCCGCUUUCUAGCAGGUCUUUUUGGCUCCACUCCUCUCACUUGUGCUGGAGGCUCCAUUUCCGAUCUCUGGAAUCCGCUGGAACGAGUCUUUGCAUUCCCCGUCUUUGCAAAUGCAGCCUUCACGGGCCCGCUUCUGGGCCCGGUGAUGGGUGGGUACAUUGUAUCAACUGGUGUACUGGACUGGCGGUGGGUCGAAUGGAUCACUCUGAUCAUAUCUGGACUCGUCCUCAUUCUCGUGGUGCUCUUCCAGCCAGAGACGUAUCCGCAAACACUGUUGAAGUGGAAAGCGCAACACCUUCGAGAGCUCACGGGAGAUGACAGAUAUCGAGCUGCCAUUGAAGUCCGCAGCGAUUCUCUCUUCGUACGGCUCCGGAGAGCUUUGUAUCGACCAUUCCUGCUCACGUUCCAAGAACCCAUCAUCAUUCUGCUGGCAUUAUACCUCACUGUCAUCUACAUCAUCCUCUUCACUUUCCUCGACGGGUACACCUACAUUUUCACCGAUACCUACGGAAUUUCUCCCGGACUCACGGGCGUCUGUUUCCUCGGCAUCAUCCUCGGCUUAUGUGGCGCAUCGGCUCUCGUGCCACUCAUAUACAAGUGGGCAAAGCGCGACCUCGCCAAGCUUCAAGCGCAAGGCGGCACUCGACUUCCCCCCGAAUUUCGCCUAUGGUUCUCCAUGCUCGGCGGCUCGUUGGCGAUUCCCGUCUCGAUUUUCUGGAUGGCAUGGACCGCCUAUCCUCACAUUAGCAUCUGGUCCCCGCUCGCCGCAUCCGUGCUAUUCGGCUACGGCAUCCUGUGCGUCUUCAUCACCUGCUACCAGUACAUCAUCGACUCUUACGAAACAUUCGCGGCGAGUGCUCUCGCGUCGCUGACGCUGAUUCGCUAUGUGGCGGCGGGCGGCAUGACGGUCGUGGGAGUUCCCUUUUACGAGAAUUUGGGCACGCAUUACACGCUCACGAUCCUCGCGUGUAUCUCGGUGCCGUUGGUGCCGGUGCCAUAUUGGCAGACUUUCGACCCAUACGUCAAACCUUUGCUCGACCGCGAAAUGGAUCUGCGUCGCUUCAACGAGCUGGAUACUAGCAAGGAGGUUCGCGUCGUGACGGAUGAGAGCGUUUGGGACAAGGUCAAGGAACAUCAGACGUACUGAACGGAAGGUUGAAUGGAUUUGGCUACAGAAGGGUGCGCUGUGUCUCUGACGAACGCUGUGAGCCGGGGUUCUUUCUGCAGACUCCAAAAAUCUCAGCGUAUUGUCUCUUCCGUUGCACCUGCGAGUGCUGUCUUAUGUAAGAACCUUCCUGCGUAUUGUCUCUUACAAUGCACCUGCGAGCGCUUUCGAUGUAAGGAACUUCCGGCGGAUUGUCUCUUACGUUGCACCUGUGAGCGCUGUUUAUGUAAGAACCUUCCCGCGUAUUGUCUCUUACAAGGCGCCUGCGAGCGCUGUUUUUGUAAGGAAUUUCCGGCGUAUUGCUUCUGACAAUGCCCUUCGAACGUAGUCUCCAUCGAGUAUGCGCAGCCAAUACCGUGAGGUCUCCUUUUAUUUUUAAACCACCACAAAUCGCAUGCCUACGAUCACUUCAUCUUCCUCAAACUUUUCAGGUCUCGACUUGGCCACCUGCCGUUGGGGAUGGUUCGCGGAGUAGCUAAUGGCAGAGCCGAAGCACGAUUCAGGAAUGAGAAACCCGGCGAUGGCUUCUUCGGGCGUUGGGUCAUCGAGCCUGCCUGGAUUGCGGCGAGUUGUUCGACGAGAUGACUGAGGAAUCAGAGGCGCAACCCUUGCUGCUCGGCCUGUCUUCUGCUCCACGGAGCUGCUGCUCUCGAUUGCCAGUGGCGUGUCCCUGCGCUCGUCCAGAUUUGGAGAGGAACAUGCCUUGAGAAGCGCGACGAGUCUGCCAUUGGGUGGCGCGCCGUAUGCGAUGGCCAUGUCGGCUCGGGUUCGAAUGCGCGAGCCUGUUGUACCUUCCUCGGGAACCACCUCCGCUGCUGCUGGCUUGGGAGAAGGGGGCGAUUGCAUGAACGCUGCUAGCAGAUUCGAACUAGGAGUCCCGGGCUUGAAUGGAAUGACUUUCCUCUUUUUCUGGGCACGUGCAGGUGUCACUGGUUCCGCAGGAUAGUCCUGCUGAAGGUGUCGUACCGCGGCUGCUCUGUUUUUGGCUGUCAUCUUCUGAAGAUCCAGAAUUCUGUGCGUGAGAGACCUGUUCCCCCUCGCUGCGCCCCUCCGGUCCAUGAAGUUCUCAAUCACAGCAUCUUUUCGCCACGCUAUGCCAUGGUUCUCUGCAAAUUCUUUGGCAGCCUGCUCUGUCUCGGCCACUGUCCUUCGCGCUGCAGCCCUGGGAAGGUUGAGCUUGUCAUUUGGCUUGCGUGGUCGCUGUCUCCUUACUGGAGGGCCUGCCGGAGACGUAGAGGGCGGAGCAGGUGCAGCAUAUGAUCGCAGAGGCUCUGCAGGCUUUGCUCCUCGCCCACCUGCGAAUGGGUUGUCGUCUGCCCUCGGUGACUUCGAGGCGUCAGGAGAUGGUGGUUCCCCAAGCCACCCCUCUCCAGCACGCUCGCUAGCACCAGCAGACGACAAUCCACGAACAGGCGAGCUUUGUGGCAGAUCUGAGCUGGAGACCGCGCUGCGGAGAUCGUGCUUCUUGCUCCUUGAGCGCUUUGACCGCGCCAUGGAUCCGCCAAUUCCACUGUCUCUGACAUCUGUCCCGGAAACGACGAUGAUAUCCACGAUACCCAUAUGGGCAUGGUCCACCAGGCCUGCAGGGAGGGAAACGUCUGCGAGCGCGGCAAGGAAAUCAGCGGCUGGUGGACGGCGCCCCCAGCGAUCCAGCCCGCGUCGGCUCACUUCUUCCUUGAGUGCCAGAGAAGUGCCCAACCAUCGGGUCUUGGCUGUCUGAGCACUCGAGGGUCGAGUCGCCGAAGGCUGAUAAACCCAUGGCAUGUCGACCUGCUCAUGGAUUCGAGUGCCAUUGGUGGUGUAUGUGGCCUCUAGGCCUUCCUCUCUGUGCUUCACGAGAUGGACAUCGCACAGCGCGCCAUUGAGAUAAACUUCUAUUUUAACUCUCUUGUUGGCGUCGUGUGUUGACUCGUUCGUACUCACCGAGAGACGUAGAGCUCGCGGUUCUCGUGGUGUUGAUGAGUCAAAUUGACUGUUUUCCUCCCUGGCUUCGGUCAUCAUGAAGGCAAUGUCCUCGUGGUCCCCAAUGUACUGUAGCAGGCCGUCCGCACCGCCAUCAGUGCCACUUGUAAGACUGAUAAGCUGGACGCCAGCUGCAAGCGCGUCUUCCACCGGCUGAUCAUCGCGUGCUCGCUCCUUGCCCGUUCGCAGGGUCGUCGUCUUCGAGAGGGGGGCAUCCAGAUCGGCAGUCGAAAGCGCUGCGCUCACUCCACGAGACCGGAAGUUCAUCAUGGUGUCGAUAUGUGUUGAUGGUGAUGUUCAGAACAGCAAUGGUCGUUGUUUUGCAGCAGAGCGCAGUUUCGAGCUUUUGCGAGGAAGGCACGACGCGCGCGUCUCGUCGACUUUGAUCUCGAUUCACCCCUGCGGCUGUUCCCACCAUCAAAUGCAGCUUCAAUUCACUUCAAUGUUUCUAGGGAGAAGCCAAAGGGCAGAACACUAUUAUUACUCCGCCUGUCCGUCUGCACCAUGUGGGAGCGAAUCACCGUGGGAAAUCCCUCUGGGGACACAUAUCGUCCCGGUCGACGGAACACACUGCCAGCUUCCUGUGCUGGCAGAUUCCCAUCCGUGUCAUGUCCCUCUGCUGUGCUGCGUCUCCAUCAUGAGGGCCACGGCCGCACGGGGCCCCUUCCAUUCAUCCCCGUCCCUCUGUGAUGAUACCAAUGGAUGGCUGCUCCAAGCUGUCACCCAAUUCAACCAUUGUGGCGUCGUAGACUCGAGCAAUCUUCAGAUUGAAAUCAUCAUCAUCGUCAUCGUCCAGCCCAGCCUUCUCGGCAUUCUCCAAGACCAGCUCACCAUCAGUGUCUGUGUCCAUCCUGUCCUCUUCGAACUCCUCGGCUUCAGGCCGAUCAUCCUCCAACUCCCCCUUCUUGAAAGCCUCGACUACACUGAUUCUCGUCCGCUCCGCUAGACUCCUUAUCCUCACCUUUUCUGUCCCGCUCACCCCUCGCUCUCCAAUGAAGCCAGGCAACCUCUCGCCAGUAUCAAGAUCUCGACCCUGUAGAAGGCUCGCAAACGCAUGAUCGAGCUUGCCGAGAGUCUGGAACAGACUUCUGGGCGUAGGUGGCAUGGCUUGCACAACAUUACCCACCAGCAACGCAAGGCUGAUUAGAUAUGGCACUUGCAAGCUCGGCGUUCCACUGAUCCAAAUCACGUUCAGCAAUUCCUCUAUGUCUUUACACGCCUCUUUCAUAGAUGCAUAUCCUUUCACAUCUCCCCACGUGUCCGCCUUGUCGCGGUCGAUGUCUGACAGCUGGUCGGUUUGGGGCGAUGUACGUUUGGCAAAACGGCGCUGGAUGUGGAGAAUCUGCUGAUCAACGUAGCGUAUGAAGGUGCUUUCUUUGCUGCCGCCAGGUCUGAGGGGCGAUUCGCGUGGGUGGGGAAGGCGAGUCGCGGUAUUCGAGGAGGUGGUCGAGGAUGCUGGCGGCGACAGGAUAAAACCACCGCCAUCCAUAGUUGCGGAGACGUUUGGACCUGGUCGACUACAAAUGUAUAUAGUCGACUAGGUACGAAUGUAUGUAGUCGACUAGGUACGGAUGUAUGUAGUCGACUAGGUACAAAUGUAUGUAGUCGACUAGGUACGAAUGUAAGAG